AUUGGAAGUUCAAAUCUGCGGUCAUUGUUUAUUUAUUUAUUUUACGUUCAUAUGUCUCUAAGUAAACAAUAUAUCGUAAUCUAGGUAAAUUAAAAGAAAAAACACACGAAAAAUUCAAUGCCCCCAUCAUCAUAACUCCGUAACAAAGCAAAUAUUUGGCGAUAGCAUUCGUUUGGUUGAAAAACAUCCUCUUAUCUGUUCUACAAAGCACCGAAGUUGAAGAAACUGAAGGAAAGGCCAUCAAAUCAAUACACAAUAAUCGAAGCCGUCGCCAGAAAGGCCACCACCACCACCACCCACCAUGGCGGCAGCAGUAUCCUCCACCACCGCCACCGCCGUCCACAUUUCCCGGAGCAACUUCCUCUCUCCGACCCCAAAAACCGCCGCCAUUUCCUUCAACCCCAUUACUUCCCUCCCCAAGCCGCUCAAAUUCUGCAUCAGAAAUUCCAACGACUCAUCGGCGGAGACCGCCGCAACAGAGACGGCGACUGAGCCGGAGCAAGAAAGCUCCAUCGAAGCCCCCGAUGGAGCGCCGUCUCUGAUUUCGGCUCUCAACGUCGAGCGAGCCCUCCGUGGCAUUCCAAUUACAGACGUCAAUCACUACGGAAGACUCGGACUCCGCAGAGGAUGUCCAUACGAUCAGGUUCCGAUUGCGUACAACAUCAAGGUUGAAGAACUGAAGAGCCAGGGAUUGGAGGACGAAGAACUCAACCAAAAACUCGAACUCCUAAAAGAAUCGUACACGAUACUGUCAUCGGUGGAAGAGAGGAGAAUGUACGAUUGGAGCUUAGCCAGAAUCGGAGAACCAGACAAAUAUUCCUGGCCGUUCGAGGCCGAUAUAACUCAGAUUCAAACUCAGAUGCCGCCGCCGAAGGAACCGGAAGACGAGGGACCGACGAGAUUGGUGGGUUACUUCAUACUGGGCUGGUUCGCUCUGUCCGUCGUGUUAUCCAUUGCUCUGAAUCUUUAGAGACGCCAUGAAUGGCAGUUUCUGUAAAUUUAGGACAAAACUUGCUCCUCCAUUGCCAAGAGAUGCGAGAACAAAGAGCCAAGAGCCAAGCAGGGAUUUCAAGAAGCUUGGAUCUGUCGUAAGUGGGCCUUGUUAAUUGUAAGUUACAUUCGUCCAUCUUGGGCAGUCCGGUCCCCGUUGGCCCAAGUUAUAGCCCAUAAUAUUUAUCUUUAUCCACAGUCUAUUCGUAAAAAACAAUUACAUAAAUAGUAUUUUUUUUAGUUCCUACUAA